AUGAACAUUGAAGUGAUUGAUUUUGGUGCAGCUGGCUUAGGGAAACCUGAGCCCUCAACCACUGAAAUGGAGCAACUAUCCAGAGAGAUCAUAAGAGCCUUCAGAGACAUUGGGUUUGUGUAUCUGAAAAAUACUGGAAUUGAAGAUCAAACUGUGUUUAGAGUGAUGGACAUCAGCAAGAAUUUCUUUCAGCUUCCGAAGGACAUUAAACAACAAUAUGCUCGUAUAUUGGACAGUGAGAUACCAAGCCAAGGGUGGAUUGAAUUAGAAGGUUUAAACCCCAUGAACUCUGAAGACCUGAAAGAAGUUUUUAAUCUAACAUCGCUGUCUGAAAGUCAUAACUGGCCUGUUAACCAUGAUCCUGAGUUUACAAGGAGUAUGGAAUCAAUCUUCAAAGCCUGUUGGCAGCUGUCUAUUCGAGUCAUGAAAAUGAUUGCACUGGGUCUGGGCCUGGAGAUUGAUUUCUUUACGAGCAAACACAAAAAAAUUGGGAGUAAUCAAAAUCCUACAACUUUGAGAACUGCAUACUACCCACAAAUACAGAGAUCCUCUGUGAAGGAAAAUCAAAUGCGAUGUGGAGAGCAUUCUGAUUAUGGGACAUUCACCUUACUCUUUCAAGAUAAGAACGGAGGGUUGGAGGUCAUGCACAAGUCUGGCCAGUUCAUUGCUGCUCCCUACAUUCCAAAUACUGUUCUACUCAACAUAGCUGACACCCUACAAAGGUGGUCAGCUGACACACUGAUUUCCACGAAACAUAGAGUUCCAAUUCCACAGUCUGAUGACAUGCUGAAUAAACCUAGACGGUCGAUGGCAUUCUUUGUUCAUCCAGAUCAUAAUGCAUCACUUGAAUGCUUUGGAGGACUGGACAAGUACUCACCUAUCACCUCUCUUCAGUUCCUAAAGGAGAAUUAUGCUUCUCCGUGCCUUAUUAUGCUGAAUGUGGCUUUGAUACCAAGAUAA